AUGACCCGGUCGUCAAUGAACUCUCGUUGGAGCGGAGGAAAAGAUGAAGAUCGUCAGGCACGAGGCGCGGAGUCUGAUUGCGUCACGCGUUUAGGCGCCGUGUCCCUCGGCCCGAGGUUCCGCGUGCUGAGUGCCAGGGCAGGCCAGCAAUUUGGACUGCAGCGCAAUGACGCCCUCUUCGAGCGCGCGUCGACUAUCGCUUCGCGCGACAUCCUGCGCACCGAUCCAUUCCCUUCUGUCGACAAUACAUCUUCUUUUCGAGACCUGGAGGUCAGCUUGUCUGCCGAGUCCGAGCGCAUCGGCGCCGAAAUGCGCCGACUGACUGCUCUGCAAGACGAAGCGCUCGCCCAACUGCGUCCGGUCCAUGCUCUCGCCUGUCCGACGACUUCCGCGCGAGAUCCUCUCAGAGAUCUUUCUCGAGACUCUACUGCACUACGAAAUCAUCCUCUGGAUGCAUGCCGCGCGUACUCUGGCUUCCGUCUGCGCUACGUGGCGUGCGACGGCGAGCGACGCCAGCUCUAUAUGCAUGCCGAUCUCGCAUCCCCACUUCCUCUCAAGCUCCAUGACUCGACUGAUAGGAAUGGCCGCGUCCAAAACCUUCUUUCCCUCCCUCCAAAGUGCACCACUCGAUGGGGUCAGCUCUCUCUCACUCUUAAAAGGGGCACGCUCGAUAGGGAGCUUCAACCCGAUCUGUUCUCGCUCGAGCGGGCCAACGUUCACCUCCUGGGGUCAACGCACCCCGAGCGGGAGCUGCUCAUGGUGUUCUCUCAAGCACCCGCGCUUCUCGCGCUGGCCAUACAUAUGCCGUAUGACCUGUUUUUUGGUGACUCGCCGGAGUUUCGAAGCCCACCUCUCCCCCGUCUAACGGACCUUACGCUGAGCGCGCGCGGCACGGUGGCAGAUAUUGUCUUCUUCCCGAUCCUCGCGCAGUGCGCGGGGACGCUCGAGAGGCUAACGCUAGUCAGCGAGCCGGCGUCGCCAGACUUCCCCCUCCCGAAGCAGCCCAUCGUCUGUCCCCGCCUGAACACGCUCAGCCUGCAGUACACCGCACACAGAUACCUCUGCCACCUCGACACCCCUGCGCUGGCCUCACUUGCAGUAAGGGACUCCUGCGGGGCGCACGCUGGGGCCGUGGCUUCCCUCCGCCGCCUGCUCGCCGCCUCGAACACUUGCCCGCCCAUCCAGGCGCUCCUCCUCCACCGUGUCGGCGCGCCGGACCCCGAGGACUUCCUCCAAUGUCUCGAGCGCCUCCCCGGCCUUACUUCUCUCCGCAUCGCGCGCGCGCCCGACGAUAGCGUCCCCUGGCACGUCCUCGUCCGCCUGGCGUGCACGGACCUCCGCACGCCGCUUGUGCCGAGGCUCACGGCAUUUUCGCUGCGGUACGCGCGCGGGCGGGUGCCAGAGAAGCUGCAGCGCGCGCUGUGGGUGAUGCUGCGGUCGAGAGCGGUGAGGAAGGUCCUGAGGGGCGUCGAGGUGGAGGCGCUGCAGAGCGUGGAGACGGAUUUGGAUGCCGGGGCGCUUUGUGAGGAGGGUACGCGGAAUGAUGAGGGCACAUAG